UACUUUCAUAAAGUGAUUUGAAAGCGCUUCUUAUUCUUGUCUGACAACUAUUUUGUGCUUUUCUUAUUUAUCCGACAUUAAGCAGUUUGGGUUUCUUUUCUCUUAAAACUAUCCAACUUCUGACAGAGAGAAGAGAUUUCUCUGAUUGCUUGUCCACAAUUGAGAGUUUCUUUAUUUAUCAGAUCCAACUUCUGACACAGAGAAGAGAUUUCUGCCCUUCGUAAUUCAGAAAGGAAGAACAGACAACUAUUUAAUGGCCAAAAAAGCAUUUAAAUCGCGCUUUGCCCCCUCAAAUUCUCUCCCUCCAGUGAGUACAGAGGCUUCAGGAAUUCCAGUAAGAGAAACAGCAUUCAGUAAUUCCAGUAAGAGAAACAGAGAGGAGCUCAGGGUUAGCUGUUUAAAAGCAGGAGAAAGCAUAAAAGAUUUGGCAGACAAGAAUGUGGACAUGAAAAGAAUUCUUGCAUCAAUAUCAGAGGAAUUGCCAAUUAAGCCAUUAGCCCUAUCAGAUAGGUUUAGGUUUUUCACAGCUGAAAUUGCAUACAGGAGAAGAACUGGAGAAGUAAAACGGGAAAACAAAGAAAUGAAAUGCACCAUUGAAGCAGUCAAAGCCCUGUUAUCAGGAUAUAAACGCCCAGCUCGUAGAGUCAAAUUGGCAGAGUGUCUGGAGCCCGAAAGAGAGGUAUUGGAAUUGGCCAUGAAUGCCAACUCAAUCAAUACCUUAUUUGAUACAGUGCUUCCCAAGCUGGUUGGGUUUGAAUCAAAUGAAAUCAAUGAGCAGGGCACAAGCUCAAAGAGGCCUCGUACCCAGUAAGCCAUUAUUUGUUUGUUAAUUGUCUGUUAUGGCAUUGGAUCUUUGCAUUUCAUACUGAUUUCACAGAGAAUUUCUAAAGAACAGAAGAUGUGGUAAAAAUUGGCUAUAGAAUAUCGCCAUUAAAAUCAUGAUUCUUUCAAGGAUACUGCUGUCAAGGGCUUAACUGUGUUUGUGGAAUCAUAUUAUGGUAUUGGCA